AUGGAAACCGUCUCCUCAGCACCCACCAAAACACGGCUGACGGCACGAGCGCACUUCCUGCUCGUCUUCACCGCGCUCUGCGUCUCCUCGUUCCUCUCGGCGCUCGACCUCACCACCGUCUCCACCGCGUUACCUACCAUCGUAGCUGAUCUUCAGAACGACGCGAUCCACUUUGGCAAGCACAACCAUCCACCUAAAACCACAUCCACCAGCACAGGCAGCGGCGCUUCCAACGGCUAUGGCGGCACGUACAUCUGGAUCGGCUCGGCUUACACCAUCGCCGGCAUGGCGAUCCUACCGCUGACGGGGGGGUUGUGCGGGAUAUGGGGGAGGAAAGCGAUCCUGCUCACUUCGCUCUUCUUCUUUCUGUUCGGAAGCGUGAUUUGCGGAGCGAGCCAUUCGCUGGAGAUGAUGAUCGUAGGCAGGGUGUUGCAGGGCGUGGGGGAUGGAGGGAUUAUCAGCUUGGCAGAGAUCGUCGUUGCCGAUCUGGUGCCCUUGGCGCAGAGAGGUACGUACGAGGGGAUCCUAGGCGUGGUGUGGGCGGGUGCGAGUGCCAUCGGUCCACCCAUCGGCGGAAUCUUUUCGAGAAAAGAUCGUUGGAGGUGGCUGUUCUGGUUGAACAUCCCCAUCACGGUCAUGGCGAUCAUCAUGAUCGGCGUGUUUAUGAACAUGAAGACGCCCAAGGCGGAUGUUAAGGAUAAGUUGAAGGCGAUGGAUUGGACGGGGAAUGCCCUGUUGAUUCUGGCGACGGUAGGCUUGGGCCUUUCUUUGACGUGGGGUGGCGCGAGGUACAAGUGGGUCAGCGUGGAAGUGUUGGUGCCGCUGAUCAUCUCCAUCGGUCUGUUUGUCGCAUUCUUCUACCUCGAGCUGUUCAAACUCAAGAACCCGACCGUACCGCGAGAACUCCUCUCGAAUCGAACCGCCAUCAGCGCUCACCUCACCAGCUUUGCGCACGGCGUCGUCACCAUGGCGAUCAUCUACGUCAUCCCCACCUACUUCCAAGCGGUCAAACUCAGCUCGACCAUCAUGUCCGGCUGGAUGGUGCUUCCGUUCAGCUGCACCGUCGCCUUCACCGCCAUCGCCUUCGCCAUCAGCAUCGAGAUGACCGAACGCUACGUACCGCAGAACCAUCUCGGGUGGUUCUUCACCGUCCUCGGUGUUCCGCUGUUGCUGCUCCUCGACGUCCACUCUUCCGCAGUGACGUGGAUCCUGGUGCAGAUUCCGAUCGCCAUCGGCUGCGGAAUCCUGUUCGUCGCACCACAAUUCCCUGUGCUCGCAUCCGUCGCGGUUCAGAUGGCAUCAAAAGCGCUCGCCGUCCAGCUGUUCUUCGCAUCCUUCGGUCAAACGCUCGGAAUCAUGCUCGCAGAAGCCGUCUUCCAAUCCUCGGUCCACAAAGCCAUCCGAUCCCCGCUCAUCCAGCAACUCGCUAACAACGGUUCGCUGCCCUUCAACAUCGAGGAGAUCUCCUCUCCGUAUUCGAUGCACUUUGGUGCGCUUCGAAAGUUGUCGCCCGAAGCGAGCUUUGCGGUGCGCAACGUGUACAGCAUGGCGUUGAGGCACGUCUGGCUGUUGCUGAUCCCGUUCGCUGCGGUGGGGUGGGCGAUUUGCUUUGCGAUGAAGGAGCUGGAGAUGCAUGACGAGGUGGAUGAGAGGUUUGCCGCGGAUGUGGACGAAGAUGUCUCGCAUGAUGAUCGGGAGAAGGGCCUAUUUGUGGCGUCGCACAAGAGGAUGGCCAGCAGUGGCAGCAGCAGCAACGGUACCGGCGAGCAUGGUGGGAAACCGCUCGCGGCGGACCAAACUCCAGCCGCAGAAACGCACGAGUUGUCAUCGUGGAAUCACACACCAGCGCAGGAAGAUCCCGUCGAACCGUCUUCCUCGAUGCAACUCCUCACCCUCAGCACAUCGCGCGACGAUGCUCCCGCGCACGCUUCGCAGCAUCAACCUCGCUCGCAACGCACGCCCACAUAG